GUAAACACAAAAACGCCGAUAACCGAACGAGGAAGCCUUUUUUGCCGAAGAGGUCGCUCGUUGGGCGGUUGUUGGGGGCCAAGUGAGGAAGGACGAAAACUAUCGAUCUUUCUGUGGUGUUCGUCGUUGUCCGGUGCCGUAAAAACCGUAGAAAAACGUGGCUCGCGACCGGUCCUAGAAAUAGGGAGCAGAAGAUAUCCAUUUCAAUCGCAACACGGCGAACGCUCUCUGUUACCUAACGCACCAUGUCGCUGUCGAGCCUGUACAAACGAGCCCUCGUGCGGUACCCGGUGCUAGUGCAAUCCGUUCAAUCCGGCCUGCUGAUGGGAGCUGGCGACGUCAUUGCACAGGGUUUUAUUGAACGAAAGGACUGGAAAUCGUUCGAUGGGGUACGAGCUGCCAAGUUCUUUGCCAUUGGCUUCUGCGUUGGAGGUCCUGGUUUACGGAAGUGGUACGGUGUACUUGAUCGACACAUCGGCAGCAGCGGUGGUAGCAAGGCCAUCACAACGCUCAAGAAGGUUGCCCUGGAUCAGCUUAUCUUUGCACCGAUCUUCCUAGGCACGCUAAUCGGUACGAUCGGCGUUCUCCAAGGGAACAACUUGAGGGAAAUCAAGCGAAAGCUAAACAACGAGUAUACCGACAUUCUACUGACAAAUUACUACGUCUGGCCGUGGGUGCAGCUGGCCAACUUCUAUCUGGUACCACUGAACUACCAGGUACUGCUCGUGCAGUCGGUCGCCGUGUUCUGGAACACGUACCUGUCGUGGAAAACGAACCAGACUGAGCCCUCGAAAGCGACACUUGCGCUGACACACGAUCCGAUCACUCCCGGGGAUGACAAAGCUGCAUCGUAGGAGCAGCGUGGGGAAUGCAGGUGAACCACUAAAGUGGUGAUUGUGAUAUGCAACAAUGGUUAAUGUGCGGAGUGUGGGGUGAUGUAUAUAUUAUUGAUAGUAAUUUUAAAUUACUACUUCCUUUUAUUCGAUUCCUUAUCAAAUCCUCCUCUUUUGCCAUGGAAUGCCAUAAUACUUUGCGAAUGAAGUAACGGCUGAAUGCGGCACCUAGUCGAAUAGGACUAAACAUGAAGUAAUCCUAAUGGCAGUAACAAAAGCAGACGAAGUGCUCUUAGCAAUUCAAAUGAAAAGUUUAAAAGGAGUUUAAAUGCGCAAUGCAGCAAAUGACAGUUUAAUAUCAGUCCGUUUCCAGAAGCACUAAAAAAACUUCUUUCGCUCCCUUGUUCGUUAAUGGAUAUCAGUUAAUAAACACAAAACUGAUG